AAUCUGACCGAUUCCUCCCUCUCCUCCCCUAAUCCAUUUCUUCCCAUCAGGUCGGGAUCCCGUCGAUCCCAUCAGGUCACAAGCUUGUAGCUACUUGUAGGCUGCAGGGAAUCUAUGGUGGUGAAGGUGGGCGGCAAGGCCAGCUGAGAAGCGGCUGAGAUCGAGGGAAAGUAACCGGAUGGCUAGGGCUCUGUGUGUCCUUACUCCGAUUUGGCCUAUAAAAGGGAGAGGGAUUUCAGGAGAGGAGAGGGAGCGCAAAAAAAAAAAAGAGGGAGGCAAAGAGGAGAGCGAAGAAUCUAGGAGAUCAUUGUGAGUUCGGGUUAGAGGAACCAAGAGCAAAUAGAAAGUCCGAGUUUUGUUUUCGGAAUCCGAAGGUUACUGCGGACAAGAUUUCUGGUUUGAUGGUUAAUUACAACAAAUCAGAAAUUUUCUGCUGUGGGCUAUCAGUGACAGAAAUACAGCAGCUGGUUGACAGAUUUGGUUUUAAGCUCAGUACCUUGCCAGUAAGGUACCUUGGAGUGCCUGUUAUUACAGGAAAGCUCACAUGUAAGGAUCUGCGGCCAUUGAUUGAAAAAAUACUAACAAGCUGACUUCCUGGACAGCUAAAUACCUCACUUUUGAUCAGGUUAGUUUUUGACACGAUUAGUUUUUACGUUGUGUUUGUGUAGCUAGUAGCAGCUGUUAUUUUUGCCGCUUUGAUGUACUCUAGUAUUUUUCUGGAUAAAUAAAGAUUUACAUUUUAU